AAUUUAAACUGUUAUUGAAAAAGCAAAAUUUGUUAUCCUUCUAUUGUGGUCUAAUAAGAAAAAUGAUGUCCUUCAUCCAUCCACAGAUUCAUCUCCGUGACCUAAUUAACAUCUUACUCAGAUCACAUGUAGAUGUCGCUCCAAACUACUUUGCAAUGACCAGCAAAACAAAUCUCGAUUCGCACCCCAUCGUAGGUUCUCCGAAGCGAGCGGAGGACGAUUCAUUCAGGCUGAGCUUAAUUUUCGAUUUCAUCAAAAAAAAUUUUUCGGUAGCUUUAUGUCAAUGUCACUCCUUUCUCUAUUAACAUCCUGAUUAUAAACAUCCAAUGGCAUUGUGAAAUUCGCGUGGAACUUGGUAAAAUCACGUCGUGAGUGCUACGAAUAAUCGGAGAGCUACAAUAAUCACACCAUCGUAUAUUUGACGGACAAUUCGACUCAGUGUUUGCAUACGGGACACCUCGCGAACGAAAGUCGGGGCGAACCUGCGGCCUGUGAAAUGAAAAUUUUCCACUGGACGCGACGAACCAUACGCGGAAAGUCGGCCGGCCGUGCUCACACAUAGGGGCCAAGUUCAUGUAGUCGUGUGAAUACGAAACUAUUUUGACAGCUGAAGUAGCAACACCACAUUUUUGAAAACCCCAGACUCUCCGACCGAACAGUUAUCGUAAAGCCCUUCUGUACUAACCGCUAGUGAUUUUGGUUUUAACUAAUUUGUGAAGUUUUUACUGCGCAACAAAAGUUGACCCUGUCCUCCAAACAAAUAACUGAUGUACAUGUAUCAUUUAGUUCGGCAUAAGAGUGACGGAAAACCUGAAGAUGAUUGCUCUAAUGCGGACCCAGAGGAACGUUCUCAGCGUGACCUCGUACCACCGGGUGUCCUAUCACAAAUCAACUCCUAAUUUAAAAAUAAACGCGUGGUCAAAUGAAAGACCUUUUAUAUCACGUAAGCCAAUCCGACUCGGUAGAACUAUCUACAACUUGCAUGAAACGCAUGUUCAUCCGGCCAUAUCCUCAGCGUGUUUACCAUUAGAUGGUAUAUUGACAGACAGAUCUCCCAACAGCAGUUUGGGUAGUUGCCGCUUUUUCACUGUUAGCUCGGCUUUGUACGAUACACCAUCUUCGAAAGUGGAGACAGCAGUUCAAAAGCUCAAGGAUAAGGAAAAAAGUGAGAAAGAAGAAGCGGAGAAAAAGGCGGAUGUUGCAGCAAAAACAAAUGUUCCAGAAACACCUAAACCAGUCGUUGUUAAAAAAAGCUUAGGACAAAGAAUUUGGGCCGAAAUCUUACAUUACUAUCAUGGAUUUCGACUUUUAUUCAUCGAUAUUAAAAUUUCGGGAAAACUGUUAUAUCGUGUCCUAAGAGGAAAGCAAUUAAAUAGGCGAGAGCGUCGUCUCUUAGUUCGUACCACGUCUGAUCUCUUUCGAUUAGUUCCGUUUUCGAUAUUCAUAAUUGUGCCGUUUAUGGAGUUACUUCUUCCUGUAUUUAUAAAGUUUUUCCCUGGGAUGCUACCCUCGACAUUCCAAACUGCUAAAGAACGUGAAGAUAAAUUGAAGCAGAGCUUAAAAGUUAAAGUAGAAGUAGCGAAAUUUCUACAACACACUUUAGAUGAAAUGGCUGUGCAUAACAAAGAGCAUGAAUCUGAAGAGGCAAAAGAGUUCGUUAAGUUUUUCAAGAAAGUAAAAAAUCCAAAUGAACUUGUCUCGAAUGAAGAAAUCAUUAAAUUUUCGAAACAAUUUGAGGAUGAAAUCACGUUAGAUUCGUUGUCGAGAGAGCAGUUGACAGCUCUUUGCCGAAUUUUAGAAUUAAACACGAUUGGCACAACAACUUUUCUUCGUUUCCAGUUAAGAAUGAAGCUACGGCAGCUAGCUGCUGAUGAUCGACUCAUCCAAAGGGAUGGUAUAGACUCGCUUACCCUCUACGAAUUACAGUCGGCCUGUAGGACUCGGGGUAUGCGAGCAUAUGGCCUAUCAGAAGCUAAACUUCGGUCGCAGCUGCAAGAGUGGAUUGAUUUAAGCUUAGACGAGAAGGUUCCUCCUACACUGUUGCUUCUUUCUCGAGCUCUCAUGGUACCUGAAGAGACUUCAGCUUCUGAUAAGCUGAAGGCAACUCUUAAAGCUCUUCCCGAUACUGUCGCGACACAAACAAAAGCUGCCAUUGGUGAACGUGAAGGCAAAAUCGACAAUAAAACGAGAAUUGAAAUUAUUCGCGAAGAAGAGAGGAAAAUCAAAGAAGAGCGGGAAGAAUUGGCCGAAAUUGAAAAGGAGAAAAAACGCGAGAAGAAGGAAUUACUUGUCGACAAAGCUAAGGUUAUAGAAGAAAUUCCUGCUGCACAAGAAGAGAAGGCAGAAGAAGGUAUUACAUCUAAGGAUGCUCACAUAAUCCACGAGGCUCUAGAAUCAAUUUCGAAGGAGAAGAAGUUGAUAGUUCAGAAGGAAGUAAUCAAGGAAUUAAAGGAAGAAAUAGAAGAUUACAAGGAAGAUGUUGAAGAGCUUAAAGAGGUUACAACAUCUACCGAUAAGGCGGAGGUUAAGGUAAUAAAAGAAGCUCGCGGUGCGAAGAUUCUGUUCCAGAAAGUUAAUAAGAUGGUAACGCAACUCGAUGAUGAACUAGCGCGUCUGGAAGAAGCUGAAAAGAAACGAAAAGCGGAAGCCAUGGAAGCUGGCACAGAUGAUUCAAUUUCUUACAAAGGACGAAAACAUGUUAAUGUCAGGGAGCUGUCGCAAGCGUUGCGUGGGCUUCUCAAAAGUGGGGACGAUACACGUAUUAGCAACAUUGAGAAAUUCCUGGAGAAAAUGGAUCUUGAUAACGAUGGUAAUAUCAAGGUUGAUGACGUAAUAAAGGUCAUCGAAACGAUACGUGAUGACAACGUUAAAUUGGAUGGCAAGCAAAUUUCCGAACUCAUCGAACUAUUGAGUAAAGAACAGUUCUUGGAAGCCGAAGAAAAAAUCGAAAAAGCAUUGGCGAAAAGCUUAAAAGAAUCAAAGCAACAAGGGUCUGAGCGUAUUCUUGAUGUGGCACCGGUGAUUGAAGAUAAAGCUGAAGAUCUGAGUAAAAUGGAUGAAAAGCACAUCUUAACCAAGAAUGAGCCUGUGAAAGUUACCAGUGGCAUCGAUAACCUCAGAGUGGAAGAUGCAAAGGCAGCGGCUGAACAAAAUAAGGAAAAAAUAAUACCAAGCAAGCCACCUGCUGAUAUCCCAUCAAUACCACCCCCUACCAUCUCGUCUACCACGGCUAAAGUAAAUCAAAAAGAUAAACAGAUUUGAUCUUCGAAUUGUGAUACAUCACCUGAAAAGUCCUAAAAAUGUGCUGGCAUGUUGUAUAUUUGAUUAAAAAAACUUAAGCAUAAUCAUAUGUUCUGUAUAAUUCCUGUUUUCAAAUAAUUCUUAGCUAAUUUUGUGUGCUUGAAGGUGUGGAUACUAUAUCAGCAGCUUCAAACUUCGAAACGAAGAAUUCAUUAUUCGAUACGACAAUUUUAUUACUAUUAAAAUUUAGUGGUCGCUCGAUGCCAAAGCUGAGUUUUAUUUCUAUGGCAUUAGUUUUUAGUUAAUUAACUUAUACUUUUAUAGUAAAAGAAGAAUUAAUUUAAAAUAAUUCAGCAUCAUUGUAAAUAUAAAUAGCACAGGUGGAUUCAAUAAAUUAAUACGUUACUGCCAUUAUACUUUAA